AUGCUGACCUUUCGACGAGCCCUCAUUAUCGCCGCGGCGGUCCUCACGUUCUUUUUCGUGCUCCGCUCACAUCACUCACCACCGCGAUUGACGAACGCGAGCCAGCUGCCGCAUCCCGAGCCGUUCACGUCGACACUCACAAAGGCCGCACCGGCGGACGCGAAGACGGACGUCGCACCCGCCAAAGAAUCCGCGCCACGGCCGUCGGAGGAGCUCCAGGUCCAGCUCGCCGCGAAGAAGCCACGGCCGCAAAUCUCACCCGAAGACCUCAAAGCGAAGCCGCUACGCCAGCAGCUCGAAUACCAGUUCCCCUACGACGUCGAGGGCAGAUUCCCGGCCUACAUCUGGCAGACGUGGAAGUACACGCCUGCGUCCGGCGAGUUCGGCGACAAGUUCCGCGAGCCAGAGGCCAGCUGGUCGAUCCUCCAUCCGACCUUCGUGCACGAAGUCGUCACCGACUCGGUCGCCGUCCACCUGCUACGCCACCUCUAUGCCUCCGUGCCCGAAGUGCUGGACGCCUACAAUGCGCUGCCACUGCCGGUGAUGAAGGCCGACUUCUUCAGAUACCUCAUCUUGCUGGCGAGAGGAGGGAUAUACACAGACAUCGACACACAGGCCCUCAAAGCCGCGACAGAGUGGGUGCCGGCCGAUGUGCCGCGCUCGUCGUACGGGAUGGUUAUCGGCGUCGAGGCCGAUCCAGACCGCCAGGACUGGGCGCAGUGGUACUCGCGCAGGAUCCAGUUCUGCCAGUGGACCAUACAGUCGAAGCCAGGGCACCCCAUCCUGCGCGACAUCGUUGCGAACAUCACCGAGGAGACCCUCAAGCGCAAGGCGGAGGGCAGACUGCCCAAGAACCACGACAACAUUGUCGAGUUCACUGGGCCAGCGCUGUGGACAGACCUCGUCUUCAACUUCUUCAAUGACCCGGACUACUUCGACAUGAGCACAGGCAAGGGCAACAUCACCUGGAAACAAUUCACGGGCAUGACGGCUGCGAAGAAGGUCGGCGACGUGAUUGUACUCCCCAUCACGAGCUUCAGCCCUGGCGUCCGCCAGAUGGGCGCUGGCGAAGACGACGAUCCGAUGGCGUUUGUGAAACACAGGUUCGAGGGCACCUGGAAGCCCGAACACUUGCGCCACAUUGGCGAGAACGAUUGA